UUUCUCCUAAUUCAUGAAUUUAGGAAGUAACUAGGGAAGAAAAAAAAGGAAGCAGUUGAGAAAGCUGAAAAAUAAUGAUUUAGACAAAUAGAAAGCAGUUUGCCUCUGGGCUCCUCACAGGUUGCUAGAGGGCAGCUGGUAUUUGCUGAUCUCCAGGAAGAGAGCACAGGUGGGCAGGAGCAUGUGGCACCCACCGGCUCUGCUCCUUCUCAUCCUCCCAGGGUGUUUCUCCAUCUAUGGUCCUGGCGCUGUGUGGGGCACAGAAUGGGACUCACUGACAGUGCAGUGUCAUUAUGACCAAGGCUGGGAAACCUACAGCAAGUGGUGGUGCCGUGGAAGUGGCUGGAAGUCCUGCGAAAUCCUCGUUAUAACUACGGGAUCAGAGCACACAGUAGAGAGAGACCGAGUGUCCAUCAGGGACGAUCAGAAAAACCGUGUGUUCACCAUAACCAUGAAGAUACUCUGGAGGUCGGACACUGACACCUACUGGUGUGGCAUCGAGAGGACGGGCACUGACCUUGGGGUCCAAGUUGAAGUGACCGUUUACCCAGAACCUAUGACCAUAGUCACAACUGUACCUGGGACAGCAGACACAGCAUCACCUGGGACAACAGACACAGCUCUACCUAGCAAAGCAGAAACAACUGUGCCUGGGAAAAGGAACACAGCUGCAUCUGGGACAAUGGACACAGCUGUACCUAGGAAAGCAGAAACAGCUGUGCCUGGGACAGCAGACACAGCUUCACCUGGGACAAGAAACACAGCAGAACGUAAGAGAACCACCACUCCAAUAGUUCUGGCCUCCGGGGUUUCUCUCAGCCAGAACACCAACAGCAGCCAGCCCACGGCUCUUACCAGCCCCCUCGCCAGGAUCCUGCUCUGCAACAUCCACUUCCUGCUCCCAACCUCCCUGAAGGGGCUGCUGCUCGUGGGCCUGCUCUGCACUGUGCUGCGAGUAAGCAGUGCUAAGGGGGCCUCCAGCGGGAAAUAAAGUCACCAUCUGAGCCAAGGAACCGCAUCUCUCACACCACCGACACCCUCGGAGGGGACAGCAGAGCCUCCUGGCCUCCUAUCAGGUAAUGAGCAGUAAUUGCAAUUCCCCAGGAGACAAGGGUCCCUGCAGAGAUGAAGCAUCCCUCAUCCUGGCCUCAGGAAUGUAAUCCCACUCUCUGCCAGCUCUGCUCAGCACAGGGACGCUGACGGGGCUCCUCUGCCUUCUGCCACCUCUGCCUGAGGAGCAGAUAAAAGAAAGGACAUCUCCCUUGCAUGCUGAUUCCUUGGAGGUACCUGCAUCUCACCUGCAUGGAUCCUCCCUCAGGCCUCCUUUCCUUGUUGCCCUGGGAUGACCCUGUCAGAGAAAAUGGACUAUCAUUCAGCUGCAGAGGCCCCAGGGCCUGUCUGGCCUUUGUAUCCCAAGAGGGGCUCAACUCUGUCCUCUUUGUGCCUGUGACACUCUCCGCCCCCCCACCCAGCUCAGAGCCAGCAUGACCACCAUCGUCCACUCCUGAUUCAACCCAACCUUGGCCCUUUCCACCUCUCUAGCUGUGAAUAGCAAAUGCAGGAUGCUCCGCCCUCAUGUUUCACUCCCCCCAAUUCACUUGUAAUUAAAUAACCACACAUCUCUUUCUCAUUUUCAAAGGUAUAUAUGUUUCCUCUCAAUAAAGUUGUUAUGAUUAUUAUUCUCUUCCACUUAUGUUCUUCCGGAGCUCUGUCUGCUCAUUUUUUCCUCCCUAUUUUACUUUGAAUCAUUUUUUCGAAUUACUAUAUUUCUUUUCUUAGCUCCUUUUUUGGAGAGACCUUGUUGUCUGUAGUUUCUCUGCAAUGGAGGAGAAUUUUCUGUCUGAACUAUUCCUCUAUUGCCUUGAGCACUUCCUCUCCUGAGAUGGGUUCUUCAACUGCCACUUGCUGGUGUUCAUUUCUUCUCGUUGAUCUCAUCAGAUGUGAACAGCUGCUGGUUUGCUCUAUAACUCUUCUUUGAAUGAGGUUGAAGAUUUGCCAAGAGUAGCAUGAGGAGCCGUUGGGGGCAGAGCAUGGAGGUCAGAGCAUGGAGAAUGGAGUGUGGAGGGCAGAGCAUGGAGGGCAGAGCGUGGAGGGCAGAGCUGCUGAGGGCAGAGCCGUGAAGGACUGCUGACACACAGAAAGUUUGCCUUCAGUAACACUCACCACUUGCCACAUCUUGAGUGCCUAUGUCCAUAUGGUUCACGUGUCAAGAAAGGGCAAGGCCUCAGGCUCCAGCAGCCUGCGUGCUGCUAAGCAUGGGAGAACAACUGGUGUUGUGAUGUGUGAACCCUGGCCACACAGGCUGGUUGCUGUUGUCAUCUGGAGGCUUCUUCACCCACGAGUCUGGAGUAUGGGCUGGGUGAUCCAAGACAGCUCUGCUGGAAUGUUGCCCAGAGACCCUACAUGUGGCCUCCCUGUGACAGCUGGGUUCUAAGACAGAAUAUUCACAGACCUUCCAGAGGGCAAGUGUUUCAAGAGACUGAGGAGGGAGCUGCAGGGUUUCUUCUGACUUAGCCUUGGAAGUCACACAGAGGCCCUCUCACAUGCACUCCCCGUGGGGGCGAAUAUUGGUUCUUGCAGGGUGAAAAAGUAUUUUUGCUCUUUUUAGGUACAAAACACAGAGAUAGAUAGAUAGAUAGAUAGAUAGAUAGAUAGAUAGAUAGAUAGAUAGAUGGAUGUAUAAUACAUCUUUGGUAUUAAAAUUUCAUAGGAGAUAUUUUUAGGAAUAUUCCUUUUUAGGGAUUUUUUUUAGGGAUAUUUUUUGGGAUAUGCAUUGUUAUCCUAAGAUAACAAUGAAAAAAGGUUGAGAAACACUGUUCUAGCCCACUGGUUGAAACAGUCACAAACCACCCAGACCCAAGGGAAGGAGACAUAAGCCCCAACUCUUAAUGGAAGGAGUGCCAAGAAAUUUGCAGCCAUGCUUUUAAACUGCCAUGUGGAAGAAUUGUAAUUUAGUGCCUUCUUGUCACAUAUAAGAAUAGCAGGACCUGAAGGGGUGAAGCCACCUGGUCCCCAGUCACAGGGCCAGAGAGCAGAGUUGGUUCUGCCCCUGAAUGGCAGCCUGGAGCUGGCCCACACAGCGUCCCUGCAGGCCCAUCUGUGCACUUUAGAAGGUCAGUUCCCAAGCCUGCUGAGGCCACCAUAUGGUCCCAGGCAUGACAGUGAGGCUCUGAAACACCUACCCUUUCCUCAGAGGUCACAGUCCAGCAGCCAUUACUUGCACAGACAUGUCUUGUUUGUGUUCAGUGGGUGAAAGGUUAAGUAAAUUAUUGUAAACUUGUGCAACGGAAUCCUACUGAGAAAUAGGAAGGAAUCAACUAUUGAUUGUGAUAAGCGCAACAACUUGUAUGGAUCUCAAGGCUCAGUGAAUAAAAGAGCCAAUCUCAAAAUAUUACAUUCUGCAUAAUUUCAUUUGUCCUCAAAAGGACAGCACUGUAGAGAUGGAGAGCAGAUUAGUGGUUUCCAGGGGGCAGGAAUGGGAUAGGGGUGCAAAUACAAGGGACGGCAUGAGGGAGAUCUUUGUGAUGAUGGAAUGGUUCUGUGUUUUGGCUGGGAUGGUAGUUACACAGAUCUCUUAAACUGCAUGGAGCUCUACACAAACACAUCCAUAAUCCAAUGUAUGUUAAAAAUAGUGAAAAUGGAAUAAAGUCUGCAGUGUAGAUAACCAUUGUAACUAGAUUGUAACAACGCCAGUUUCCUGGUUUUGGUAUUGUCCUACAGUUAUGUAAUAUGUCACCAUUGAAGGGCACUGGAUGAAGGAUUCACAGGACUCUGUGUAUUAUAUUUGCAGUGUUAAGCCUAUAAUUAUUUCAAAAUAAAAGUUUCAAAAAAUUUAAACCUC